AGAGACACUAAUGUAGUGAUGAGUACAGAUUUGGACAAUCUCUUAUUCCAUCUCCAUUGCUCUCCUUCAUUUAUCUUCUAGAUGACUGUCUACUUGCUUUCUCUAUCUAUAUAUACAUAUUUAUAUGUCAGGGUGGUCCAAAACGUAUUAAUUUGUUGUUUGCCCUGCUUUCCUCUGUUGUUUUUGGUUUCUUUUCUUUUGACUAUCACAACUCUACUUGGCAAGGCAAGAAAUAAAGUUAGAAAUUCUGAGAUAAGACUAGUUCUUAGACAUUCUACUGUGCUGUGGACCUUUUAGUUUCUGAUCUUGUUGUCUCUGCUCUUCCCUUGUGUCCAAAAAUUUUUGGGGCAUUACAGUCUUUUUGAGAACUUAUUCAUAGUCAUGGAAAGACUCAACUCAAAGCUGUACCUGCAGAACUGCUACAUAAUGAAGGAGAAUGAGAGGCUAAGGAAGAAAGCACAGCUUCUUAACCAGGAGAAUCAAGCACUGCUAUCUGAGCUGAAACAGAAGCUUUCUAAGUCCAACUCAAAAGCCAAUGCCUCCAACACCACUAUUCCUGACCUGAACCUCAGUUCAAGUUCUACUCAUAAUCCUACCAAUUCCAGCACUAAUUAAUCAGGACUCCCUUUUGCCUUUUUUGUGUAAAACAUAGUCCCCAACAGUAGUAGUUGUUCCAAUUUCAAUCAUAUAGGACAGUAGAAGUAUCUUCUUAGCAGGGUUUCUUUUACUUCUAUUUCUAUGUUUUAUCUUAUCUUUCUUUUUUUUUUUUUUGA